GGGCCGCGAGGCGCCGCCCCGGCCGGGCCCGGCCCUGGGCCGCUUCCCGGGCGGCGGAGCGGCGGCGGCGGCGGCGGCGGCCCAUGGGGCUGGGGGCCUGGCUGCGCUCGCUCGGCGGCUGCUGCGGCUGCUGCGGCGGCGGCGGCGGCGACGAGGCGGCGGCGCCCCCCGAGAAGGAGCCGCUGCUGAGCAACAACAGCCCGUACACCUCCUUCGGGGCCACGCUGGCGCGGGACGAGGAGCAGAACCUGUGGAGCACCCCCCACGACGUGACCCACACCGAGGCGGACGACGACCGCGUGCUCUACAACAUGAUCGUGGUGAGGAACCAGCUGGACACGGACUCGGAGGAAUGGCAAAAGCUCAACUACGAUAUUUAUACCUUACGGCAAACCCGAAAAGAAGUGAGAAGCAGAUGGAAACACAUUUUGGAAGAUUUAGGUUUCCAGAAGGAAGCAGACUCCCUGUUAUCGGUGACGAAACUCAGCAUUAUCAGUGAUUCUCAGAACAUGGGCAAAGCCCGGGAGAUCCUGCUAAAGCUCUCUGAAGAGACAAACAUCUUCCCAACCAGCUGGGAGCUUUCUGAGCGGUACCUUUUCGUGCUGGAUCGGCUCAUAGCCCUUGAUGCUGCAGAUGAGUUCUUCAGGAUGGCCAGCGUGGUGUAUCCCAAGAGACCCAGCGGGGAAGGAGCAGACGACAGUCAGAAGGCAGCACGACGCAUCUCUGCGAUGCCCUGAGGAGACGGCCUCGCAAAUGCAGCAUGGAUGGCAGGUUUCCUUCCCUCCUGGCAUCUGGCUCCUCUGCCAAGGGGUUAGUACAAGUAGCACCGUUCCUUGUUUCCCUUCAGAGAGGCGAGCAGGCCAGCCGGAGCCAAGCGCGACCGUCCCCAGGAGCGGAGCGGCACGGAAAGGGGGUCCUGGUGGACACGACACAGAGGUGCUCGCAGUGGCAGGGAGCAAGAACUGGCGUAGUCCUGAUGAGAGGCCACCGGCUGAACCGCUCUGUAGGCAAGGGGGGACCCACAGCCGAAGCGCUGCUACCAGUAGCUGUCCAGGCUGGGAAGUCUCUCGUUGCAAGCGCUGCCUUGAGAUCUGCGUUUCCACCUUCCCCUGGUACCAUUCCCUCCCUUGACCUGCGUAGCCAGGAGCGUGCAGGGAGGAAGGAAGAAUAUACCUCACUCACCUACAAUGCUGUGGUGGUUCUCCAUGCACUGAGCAUCUUCCUCAUCUCUGGCCAACCGCAGCCCCUCUUGGCUGGAGGUGGUCCCAGCUCCCAUUCUCCCGGCAGAUUCGGAAAACGGGUUUGCAGCUGGGAGAAGAGUUAACUAAACCAGGCACCAAAAGUGUUGCAGUGCUAUUAAAGUUGGGUGCUGUGCCCCGUGUCGCUGGCAGCACUGCACGGGAAGGCAAAGAAUAACUCCUAGUUAUUCAGGGGUGCUGUCGGGAACAGAAAACACGAUGGAGCUCCUCUCCGGCCACCGGCGCCCCAACGUGAGCCGGGGAGCCCCUACGCCCCUUGCCAACGCCGAGGUGUUCACCAUCUGAAGUCAGGCUUUAGGAAGGGGUCAAGGUCAGGCCUGCUGGUAAUUUGGCGCCUGCUGGUAAUUUGGCUCCUGUAAUAUCCUCAGAUCGGACACUCGACACCUUAAUUCAUUUCUGAAAGCUUUAGUCUUAAUUGCAUUUAGAAGAAAAAAGAAGACACUAAAAAGCUGCAUGUACUGUCGAAGUAUACAGUCACUGCUGUGACUGGAGAUUUUUAAUGAACACCCUUUAUACCUUGUUAUUUUUUUGUCUGCUAAUGAGCAAUAAUUUUAAAACACUGGAUUUGAUAAUUUAAGAGUAAGUGCAAGUUCAUCACUGGUUAACACAUUUGCUGCUAAUUGGCCAGCUGAGAGUGCUGGUUACACAAGACCUCCCAAAAUAGCAAUAUAGAGCAUUUAUUUGUUUAUAUCUACAGUGUUUGACACACAUAGAAAUAUAUAUUUAUGAACUGUUUGUUUGUCAGUCUUCCUGGAAAAUGUUUUGUCAACUCUGGACAUCAAUGAAAGCUGAAUUUAAUAAACAAAACACAUUAUGAAAGCAA